AUGGGUUCGGCGAUAACGACCAUAGUGUUUCAGCCGCCGCAGCCUAGCUACAGUCGAGAUCCAAAUCUCAUCUGGCUCAGCACUUCGGAGCACGAAGUGAUCCCUGCCUUCUUUAUUGACAGGGAUGCCAAGUUCACGCUUCUGUUUAGCCACGGCAACGCGGAGGACUUGGGGAUGAUCAUCCAGUAUUUCCGGGAGGUUUCUCACAUAUUGGAUGUGAAUGUCUUCGCGUACGAUUACACUGGAUACGGGAUGAGCUCAGGCAAGCCAUCGGAGCAAGCUCUGUAUGCUGACAUCGAGGCGGCCUUCAAGUACCUCCGCGACAUCGUUGGUACGCCGUGGAGUGAGAUUGUGGUGUAUGGAAGAUCAAUCGGGUCGGGUCCAUCGAUCCAUCUGGCAACAAGGACUGCCGUAAGAGCCAUUGUGCUCCAGAGUCCCCUGCUCUCAAUCUACCGGGUGGCAUUUUCCUCCAGUUUCACGCUGCCCGGCGACAUGUUUCCCAAUGUGGACAGAAUAGGUCAGGUGAAAUGCCCUGUGUACAUCGUACAUGGGACGCAGGACGAGAUCAUUCCAUCGUCUCAUGCGGAGGAUUUGGUUCGAAACUGCCGCGAGGGAAUCGCGUACCCGCCCUAUCUCGUGGAGAACGGCGGGCACAACAACCUUGAACUUAUUGCUCGGCAGCCUUUUUAUGACAACUUUACAAAGUUUCUUCAAUGGUUGGAAAAAAGUGAGAUAUCGGAGGAGCUGCACCAGCACUCUGUUUCGGCUGAGCUCUGA